GACAGUUUGAGUGGGUGUCGCGGGUGACGUCCAGAAUUCUUUAUUAAGAGGGGUCAGUGGGAAAUUAGAGAUGUGGUUUGGUGUCUGUUGGUGUUAACAUGGUGAUAACAAUCUUACUGUCAGCGCUCCUGAUGAUGAUGGCAGGUCUUGACGCUCGUGCGGCCGUGUCCGACCUAAAGGUCAGUGGGAAAUCGAUCCAUGGUGGGAAAGCCCUCCAGAGCAGUGAUCACGGGCGACACACUGCGAGGAAGCAGACACGUCGUGAGAAAAAUGGUGACAUGCAGAGGAGUUUGGACCCGGAUCACUUCAAAAUCGACAUAACCCCGACCACGAGCAAAACUAGCCUCCCCAGUAUUGUCAAGAUCAAACACCCUACUGCUCAACCUGCUCACAUGCACAUCAACAUGCCCCAGCGCUUUGGGCGAGAAAAUAUUCCUGAUUAUGACAAGCCAAAGCACAAAAUGCCCCAAAGGUUUGGACGGUCCGGAGAGGAAAUCCCAACAUGUGUUGAGCGUUUUGGAGACCCAGAACUACUCCAAAGAAAGUGGAGAAACAGUCCGUACUGGAGGCUUCUAAGGAUUCUAGCCAGUGACCAGUUAUUGACCACACGCUUGUACUGGUAGGCAACUAUAAACACAUG